AUGGAUCCAGGAACGGCCUUGGCCGUUGUGUCGCUCUCAUUCGAGGUGUUUGCCGGGUGCAUCAAGGGCUUUGUCAUGAUAUCCGAUGCCCGGAAUAUGGACAAGGAUGCGGCCGUCGAACGUACCAAGCUCAUCCUGCAAGAGUACCGGCUCAUCGAGUGGGCCAGGGCCAUAAACCUCGACUCCCCGCCUAGCCAGCCGUCGUCGCCCCUGCCCAGCAGGCAUCCUGCUGCCCUCAUCCUGCUUCAGCUGGAGCAGCUGCUAUCCUCGACCGAGACUCUCAGGAAGAGGUACAAGCUGGAACUCGUCGCGCCACCGGACGGCUCCGACGAUCUGGUCCUCUCCGGGGCGGCAGACGAGUCCGCAUCUUCCGUCCUGUCCAGCAUCGUCUCGACCGAGACCAGGAGAGGCAUUCUUGAGAAGUCGUCCAAGAUGGGCUCCGCGAAUCGGAUGCCGAAGCGGCUGUGGUGGGCGGCCGUCGACAAGAAGAAGCUUGCACAGCUCAUACAAGAGGUGACGGGACUCGUCGAUGGACUCUGGUCUCUCCUGGACAUCUCCCAUCGGGCGCAGACGUCCCACGCUGUCAACGAGACGCUGCGGCUCACCAUCCAAGCGAGCCAUGACAUCAAGGGUCUCCGGGACCUCCAGGCAUCCCUCUACGACGCGGCUACAGCUUCCGGCAUGAGGAAUGGACUCGCCGCAUCCGCCGGCCUCAGGGCGCAGCAUGCCACGCUCUCACUACGCACUCGCGGCGGGGUGCCCUCCGUACCGCCGCGGGCCCCGGCUGUCCUGGAUCCAGCUCGGCUGAGCAGGAUCCGCAUGCUGUCGUCCACCAUCGGAUCGGCUCUGUACGAGGGAAGCCCGGUGUUGAUAGAAGAGAAGCACGUGGUUACGCGGAUGAAGGCCAAGCUCAGGUCGCGUGUCGAAGGGCUCGCGGAUCUCCUUUCCCAGCCUCCCACGCCGACUUUCCAGACGUUUCCCUGCGUGGGGUACACCGAAGAGCAAGCGGGGUUCCGCCUGGUGUUCCGGCUCCCCUCGGCCGGCGGGCAGCCUCAGCCCCUGCACAACGUGCUCUCGAGAUCCAACGGGUCGCUCCCCGACGUCGGGACCCGGCUCCGUCUGGCAGCGCAGGUCUGCCAGACUCUCCUCAGCUUCCACACAGCCGGCUGGCUCCACAAGGACGUGCGAUCGGAGAACAUCAUCCUCGUCUCGGACGGCUCGACCGCAGUCGACGGCGGCAGCACGGCAGGCCUCGGCCAGCCCCACCUCUGCGGCUUCUCCUUUGCCAGGCAGGACUCGCCCACCGAGAUCAGCGAGCAGCCGACGGCGGACCUGUCUCGGGAUAUCUACCGGCACGCCAUGGCCCUGGGCGAGCCGUCCGAGGCCUUUGAGCGCCACAUGGACGCCCACUCCCUGGGCUGCGUGCUGAUCGAGAUUGCCGAGUGGACGCCCCUCAAGAAGAUUGUCAGGAAGCGCCUGGAGCCCGUCGCCGGCGCUGGUGUCACACUGUCUGACGUCGCCGCUCUCUCCGGCUGGCUGCACACCCGAUACAUAUCGGAAGGAGUGGCGGGGUUUCGGCUCGGGGCCGCUUUCACGAGGAUGCUGUCCCUGUGCAUCCCCGCUCCGGGUACGGACGUGAACCCGCCGGAUCUGUCCGACUUCUACUCGGCGCUAGAGGGCAUGUUGGACGGUGAGAUAUGA